AUGUUCUUCCAGCCGCAGCCGCAAGCUGAACUCUUUGUGGCCUUUUCGGGAGUGGGAUGGUUGUUCGAAAAAUUGGAAGCCAAAGGAGUUUCAACGAAUACUGGUAAUGAAAAGCUCGACAAAUUCAUGAGAGACGCCGUACUCGUGAUCAGGACUCAUCUGUUCGAGCUACAAAAAGUCGCCUCUCUAGCCGAUGACUUUUAUACGAAGUAUUUACAAGCCCUUCGACGGCGGAUUUCACACGAGGUUCUUAUUGGUGUCAGCGGUGACAGCGACGAUGAUCUGACGGAACCGAAUCAGAACGAUGAGGUAACAAAAAGUCAACAAUCCGGUAACAGUCCGACACAGAACCCUUUGGAAACCAGCAAAAAACGUACCUCCAACUGUAGACGUAAUAAGAAGAGCCAUAUCUUGUAA